UCGUGCGGCGCGGUUCGCGAAUCUGGAACGUCUCCGCUUCGAACGCUUGCCACCAUCUCGGGGCGAAUUUGGAAGCACGGAAGGCAGGCGGUUUCCGGUUUUCCGGUCACUUGGUUUUCUAGCUCGCUGGAUUGGUGGAUGCUGUGCGAGCAGCUGUAGACAGUCAGUGGCGUGGAGUGCGGCGCGGGUGGAUGGAUAUCCCAAAGGCCCAAUCGCUGUAAUUGUCGCUUGAAUGCGCGACCGCCGGUAUAGCAGUCGGUGGAGGUUCAGGUCGUUGGGUCGUUCUUUCGCUUUAUUUGGGGUGUGAAGCCGUCGAAGUGCGUCGAGUUGGUUUUAUCAUCCGGGGGGUGGUUGGGAGAGUGGGAUCUCUCUGGUGGUUGUUCAUUAGGAGUGGCUGAAACGGAGAAGUAUCAAGCAGUGCAAGUGGUUUACUGUGGCGGAUGGACGAUACCGACGCUAGUUAACGAGUGUUGAUUUCCAACUGUUUUGUCAGAACGUGAGAAGUAGUUUCCUGCAAAUUAUUUCCUCUUCCAUUUGGGUGGAUUAAUUCAGUGAUUCGAACGUGAUUGUCUGGGGCGUGUAAAGUUCUCACGCUGUGUUUAUCUUGAAGAUAAGUCUUGGGAAACAAUCGUUUGUUCGAGCCCGUAGUUCGUCGAUUGCCGGAAAACGACGUGAUGAUAGUUUAUAAUACGGAUUAAGGGCGAAACUAUCAGCCUCCGGGGGUGCAUGUGAUACGAUAGGAAAAGAAGAAGAUAAAGGAUACAUGAAAAGCGAUUUUCCGCUGUCUGAAUAAAUAGUUCAAGAGUGUUGGGGAUCGGUUCGUGUGGGAAGUAGUUCCAGCGGUGGCUGUAGGAAGACAAAUAAAAAGUGUGGCCAUACUCGGAUUCCUUCGUACCCUUUCUUCGGUUCGAAGAGUUCAAGACUAUGAGCAAUUCGUUGCUCUAUCAGUCGUCGUUCUGGAUGCUCAACUUGGAUUAACACGGCACUAGCAAUAGUCUACCAAGUGCCAAUAAGCAGUCCGUUCGGAUGCCGUUUUGUAUGUCAGUGAGGCCUACUCAAGAUAAGAAGAGAGAAAAGGUUAAAGCAGAAGAAGUAAAACACCCCCGGGAGGCAUUCCGGCUUUCUCGUUUCGUCAUUUAGGAAUACGAACCGGAUAGAAGUUGAGACAGUUGGUGGCAGAAAAGAUAGCUUGGUUGCUCGAUUUGCCGUACUUCAGUGGCCAACCUCGCAGAUUGGUCCGCCAGCUGGUUGGGGCACCGCGAGGAUAAUCAUAAAAAGUACCAAACAAUUCACCGAGAUUCACGAGCGCACUCCGGAACCGGGCAAAAACUCCAUUUGCCGCGAUGGCCGAUAAAGAUAAAUGGAUCUUUAUUAACGCAAUAAUUGUGCUGCUGCUGCUGUGCGUUCACAUCUGCGAUGCAGCUCCCGGGAUGAGGAACUUGGCGUUGGUCAUAAAACCGCCCUGGGUUCGCCGCGGUCAAGAGGCCCAGCUAAACUGCCAGUACGAGAUGGAAGGUGCCCCGCUGUACUCGGUCAAGUGGUACCGGGGCACGUUGGAGUUCUAUCGGUACUCACCAUUCGAGAACCCACCGGCGAAGAUUUUCCCGUUCACUGGGAUUAAAGUUGAUAUGACGGUUUCCAAUGCAACGCACGUCACCCUGCGGAACGUCGGCUUCAGCCUGUCGGGCAACUUCACCUGCGAAGUGACGGCGGACGCGCCGUCUUUCUACACCGGAGUGGCCACCAACGUUCUCACCGUUGUCGAACUGCCGCACUCACCGCCGACCCUGUGGACGGAACACACCAAGUACGAUCCGGGUGACAUCCUGCGGGCCAACUGUUCGACACCGCCUUCGAAGCCAGGAGCAACCAUCACUUUUCUGCUGAACACUAUGACGGUUGGAACCGAGCCAACGGUGUUGCAUCCCACACACGAUAACCUCCAUUGGGCGUCCAAGGACCUUAACAUACAGCUGCUUCCAUCGCAUUAUUCAACUGGGCAGUUGAUCCUGCGAUGUCUCGCCGAAGUGGGUACCGUAUACUCUGAAGUAUCACAGGCUCCACUGGAAAGCAGUCGGAAAGAACCAAUCCCCGAACGAGUGACAUCCCCGAACGGAUCCCACCGAAUCGCGCCGGUGUCUCCGUGGUUGAGUUCGUUCCUGGCGAUGAUAGCUACGGUGGCGGCGGCGGUGAUAGUAACCGGCUGCAGCCGGAUGGAACAUCUUCACCACCAACCGCGCCGAUUGCAGACCGGGCCGUGGAGAUAGUGCCAUGGCAUCGUCAGCUUCAGCACACUGGCUUCGAAGAAUGGACUGCAGCGGAACCUCUAAUUCGGGUCGAGAUGGACGUGUUGUUGAGAUUUAGUUUACGGAAUGAAUAAAAUAUGGGGCGGAGGGAAGGAAAUUGCUACCGACAAAAAUGAAAUCAAAAUUCGCGAAGAAAAUUUCGAUUCAGUUUCGAAUUAGAUAAGCCGUUCAUUUGAUACCUAUUCUAGGAGAUCUAUGUAGCCGCACGUGCUGUUAUAUUUGUCAUUUUGUUAAUCCGUGACAAGAAUCUAACUUUCUGCAGUCCCAAAAUCGCAAGGUUGUAGAGUGCUGUAGUUGUACUACCGUAGCUGUAAGAUUAGGAAAUAUGAAGUAACCAUAAACAUACAUGAAGAUGAGAUCAUGUGUAAUUCGCAAUCUGUAUAUGCGAUUUGUUGUGCAUAUUAAGACUUUUCUUACAUAGGAUUACAUGUAAAAUUAGGAAAUCGUGUGAUUGGGAAUUGGUACGAAAGAGUAAAACCAUUUUAUGAGUGUGAGUAUGUUCUAUGUUUUCCCGGGAAUGCAGAAAAGGUCACUUGGAAUACAUGUUUUCGGAAUAGAGGCUUUCUAAUGCAAUACAAUGUGAAAUGGAUAUUUUUCGUCUAAAACAUUCAUUGAUACAGUUGGUUCUUUUAUGUUUUUGAAGUCGGAAGGUUGAAAGGAAAAGAAACCACUCGCGUUGACAGCAGGCGCUAUGUAUCGAAAUUAACAAUUUAAUUAAGGUUAAAGUAAAAAAAAAUCUUCAGGGUGCGUGACGAAUUUUUGCAGUAAAUUUCAAAUAGAUUUUUUAUAUGAUUGUUCUUUAGGAAAGUUGUUUUCCAAAAAAAUAAAGAAUCAAAUGAUUCAAUUAAACAGACUUAUAGUUUGAGACGGUUUCUGUUCUGCCAACAUUUGAUUCGAUUGAAUAACAGUGCGAAAAAGCGAGCAAAAGUGAUUAAGUUUUAUGUUCCGUACCUAAAUAAUAGAUGUAAAAUUUCUGCGAAGAGAAUAGUAAUGGUAACGGCUCAAAAACAUAACAAUUGAGAUUGUAUAAGUGUGCGACUUGAUGUAGCAACAAAAAUCAAACCGGAAAUCAAAUAUAAGCAAAUAUAAGACACACAAACUGUCCAGCUAAGAAGUUGUAAAUAUGUACUCAGUAAACUAAUUGAUUUUUUUUUGCUGCGAAAUGAGACAACUACAUUUACCAAAGAGGUGGAAAUAUAAACUGCUAA